GCGUUCAGCUAUUUAAACUGCCUUGUCUCUGCUAGGGUACCUGUUGGGUACAGAACGAAAGCACUUUCAGGGUUACAAAAGUAUCCUUGCAACAAACAACUGAAUAGCACUGUAACAUACUCACCAUAAAUACCGUAUCAAAUGCAGUAAAGGAGCAUUACUGUAUCCAACAGUUUGAUCAAAUACAAUUAAAACGCUUAAAACCGAAGAUACGGAUCUUCACAGCUAAUCUACACCAAUUAUGCCUGCCUUGUGUGCGACUCUGACUCCUGACAACAGCUUGCCCUGCCCCGCAGCAACCGAUGAUGUCAGCUCCAAGAGACUUUCUUGGGGGAAAAUCAUGCAGAAACUAACAGAUUUCAGUAACCACAGCUUACAUUCAGACGACGAACACUUCAAGAGUGCCUUUUCUCAUUCAGGAUCAGACAGUGUGGACAGUGGCUCUCUGUCAGAAUCUGAUUUCUUGUAUGACCCUGUGGAGGAGACCCUUUGCUCUGAAGUGGUGGAUCUGAUUGAACAGAGUCUCACAGAGGCGAAAGAUAGCGCUUUGAGGUGCUCCAAACUGCUCAUCCCCGACCAGCUGAUGGAGCACAUUGGUCAAGAACUUCUUCACUUAGCAGCUAGUGAACCUUGUGGACUGCGUGGAGCACUUAUCAACCUAUGUGUUGAGCAGUCAGAUGCAUGUGAAAGUGUGGAGCAGAUAGCUGUGGAUCCAGACUUAGUUCCUACUUUUCAGCUGACCCUUGUGUUGAGACUGGAAUCUGGGGGUCUCUGGCCAAUGAUCCAGGACCUCUUUGCUCCAAGAUCUCAUUCCGCACCAAUAUUAAGACAUGCUUUGAGACUGAACACUGGGUUUAGAGUAAUCAAAAAGAAAUUGUACAGUUCAGAAGAACUUGUCAUAGAGGAAUGCUAACACCCAAAGUGACCAUGGGAGUUACCAGUCAAUCAUGAUGUGAUUAAUCAAACAUAAAUGCCUUGGAAGUUUUUAAAAAAAAAAAGCCCAUUGCACAUACAAUGUUUGUGUCCUUACUUAUAAGUAGACAAUACCUCAAUAAGUCAGAAUCAUUGUAAAAGUGUUUCAGAGAGCUUAUUUCAAGACUGAAAGUUGACUUGUUGCAGCCCAACAUGUUUGUUCUCACUGAAUGUAUUUUUAGAAAGUUAAAUGGCAAUCCACGACCGGAUGUUUAAAUUUGAGCAGCUGGUCUGUUUAAAAGAAGCAGAUUAAAUCUGUUUAUUUGAAGAUUUACCUCAAUCUCUAAACAACAAAUGGCAGCUAUAUUUGCAAUGAAGGAGUUUGAAGCAUGUUAAAGACCUCACCAAACAUGAAUAUGUUAACUGUUUUAUUUCUAUAACAGAAAAGACUAACAAAACAUAAUGUAAAUGUGGUAGCAUAUUUGUCUGGGAGGUUCAGUUAUGGUUAGUAUUAAUUGUGUUAGGAAAUACACUGUUAAUUUUUCUUGUAAACAAUUGAAUAGUUUUAUAUGGUACCCUACUAAUGCCUCUGUUGCUACAUGUAUUUGAUAUUCAAACACCUACUUUGCACAGUUUUUUUUUUUUUUUUUUUUUUUUUUU